UAAGUAGAAUUAUACAUCAGUCAAGAGUUCAACUGCGGUUGACUCUAUAUUUAGCUUUUUUUUACAUUGUGUCAUCUGCGGAAGUUGAAAAAAAUAUUUUGACAAAUUCAGUAGUGCAAAAACAGAUGUGUUUUCAAAUGUAGGGAAUAAAAGUAAAAAGUUAGCAGAAAAAUAAGUACUCAUGUACAGAUACCCGAAAAUUUUACUUAAACACAGGUACAAAGUAUUUGUACUCGUCCAAGGAACGCUCAGUUACCGCAAUACUCACUGUUUUUCAAUUGAUUGUUUUAUAUUUUUGACCUUCAGUGUUUUCCAUACAUAUAUUUACAGUAUUUUGACUUUUCCAUCGCAUUAUUGUCGGUAGUCUACGUCGUGACUUACGUACAAAUUCGUCACCGCCGUAGGAACAGAGCUCCGUCGUAAAUCGAGGAGCCUGCCUGUAAACAAACAUUUUGCAUUUUGAAACGGCAUUGGAUUUAAAGAUUAAAUGUCCAAAAUGUUCAGUAUGUAUGUUAUGCCUUGUCAUACUUCACUGCGCAAAUAAUUUGUUUUAGCACUCCAUCAAUAAUACGUAAUAAGUCUACGUAAAACGUUUAUAAAAGUUUUGUGUUGCCGUUUGUUUUUGUUUUUGUUUUUUUAAACAAGUCGAGUGACGUGACGAGCGUAGGUUACGUCGUGACGUCAUCACAUUCCCUGUGCGCAAGUCGACGCUUUUCAAUGCGGAAGUUCCCUCCUCGAAACAACUCGGGGACAAUUUCAGACACGAAAACAAGCCAAAGAGCUACUCGAGCUACAUGUCGACGUGUUUACUUGUCAAUUAAGUUUUAAAGGCAGGCGGUGUAAACGAUCUCGCUAUCGUUUUGGCUAUCGGACAAGUGAUCAGCCCUCAUGGCUACCAACAAUAAUUUACAGAAAGCCAUCGAUCUUGCCAGCAAGGCGGCUCAAGAGGAUAAAGCUAAAAACUAUGACGAAGCUCUGCGAAUGUAUCAGGCUGCUGUACAGUAUUUCCUACAUGUCGUCAAAUAUGAAGCCCAAGGUGACAAAGCUAAACAGAGCAUCCGCAUAAAAUGUGCCGAAUAUUUGGACCGGGCAGAGCAGUUGAAGGAUUACCUCAAGAAAAAGGAGAAAGCUCCGCCUGCUAAGCCUGUCAAAGAGUCUGAUGACAAAGGGAAUGAAAGCGAUGACGGUGAUGAUCCCGAGAAAAAGAAGAUGCAGAAUCAACUCUCAGGCGCAAUUGUUAUGGAGAAGCCAAACAUCAAGUGGGUUGAUGUUGCUGGUUUAGAAGGAGCCAAGGAGGCCCUGAAAGAAGCUGUGAUUCUCCCUAUCAAAUUUCCUCACCUUUUUACUGGAAAGAGAACACCAUGGAGGGGGAUCCUGCUCUUUGGACCUCCAGGUACAGGAAAAUCUUACCUUGCUAAAGCAGUCGCCACAGAGGCAAACAACUCGACUUUCCUGUCCGUCUCCUCUGCUGACCUUGUAUCCAAAUGGUUGGGUGAAAGUGAAAAAUUAGUUAAGAAUCUGUUUGCCCUUGCGAGGGAACACAAGCCUUCCAUUAUCUUCAUUGAUGAGAUCGACUCACUCUGCGGCUCCAGAAGCGAGAACGAGAGCGAGGCGGCACGCCGUAUCAAGACGGAGUUCCUGGUGCAGAUGCAAGGUGUUGGAAAUGACAAUGAAGGAGUGCUUGUACUUGGGGCAACAAACAUUCCAUGGACCCUCGACGCUGCCAUCAGAAGAAGGUUUGAGAAGAGGAUCUACAUUCCGCUGCCAGAAGAACACGCUCGCUCCUUCAUGUUCAAGCUCCACCUGGGCUCCACCCCAAACAGUCUCACAGACUCGGACUUUGUCACACUGGGCAAGAAAACAGACGGCUACUCGGGCGCGGAUGUUAGUGUCAUCGUCAGAGACGCACUCAUGCAGCCUGUUAGAAAGGUCCAAGCGGCAACCCACUUUAAAAAGGUGAAUGGACCAUCGAGAUCGGAUCCCCAAAUAGUUGUACACGACCUCUUGACUCCUUGCUCGCCUGGCGAUCCCAACGCAUUUGAGAUGACAUGGAUGGACGUCCCCGGAGAGAAGCUUCUGGAACCUGUAGUUUGCAUGUCUGACAUGCUGAGGUCUCUGUCCAACACCAAGCCUACCGUCAAUGAGCAGGAUCUGGGAAAACUCAAAAAAUUCACAGAGGACUUUGGACAGGAAGGCUAGUUUUCAUUUUGUGAAGCAGGCCAAAGCGAAGCAAAAUAAUUGCAAUGUUCUAUUUCAUGUUUAUUUCUUCUGCCUGUCUCAUCUUCUUAGCCUGAUAACCACAGAAAGGCCGUAGAAACAAAUUUUAUUUGACACUCAAUCCUCUCUAAAUAGAUCUCAUUUAAGCUUUAUAACAAAUGUAAUGGGGUUUCCGACUUCUAAAGGUGUUAAUGCAAAGAUACCCAGGCUACCCAGGUGGACGAAGGUUAUGCACACGUAAUUCUUGUCGUUGACCAAUAAACGCCCUGUCUUCUCUGUGUUGUAUAAAUAAGCAACACGCAUUUUAUAUAAUAUGACAUUUUGUGGUAUCAUACAUUGGCUGUGGGAAGUGAAGCAGCAUUGGGUUUCUUAUGUGUCCAUAAUCUCAGUGUGGUAGAUGUAGUACAGGCAUUUAAGACUUUGUGAGUCAUUCAUGAUGAGAGCUUCAUUAGAGCCAAGGUUAGGAUUGUCAGUCCACUCUCACAGCAAUUGUAUGCGUUCAGCGGAUCACCGAAGGUGCCGGACCAGCAUUAUUUGAAACAUAUUUUUGUCACUGAGUUUCUCUUUUUUUAAUCACACCCCACUGGACACGUUUCAUUUUUUAUACAGGAACUCAUGCUGUUUAUUAAAUGCUAACAAAAAGCCUUAUAUAAAGAUCAUCUUUGUUCAUUUUGACAUAACAAGCUGAAGUCGGAGGCUUGUUUGUACAUUCAAGCAACUAGGGAAACGUCUCCAAUUAAAUGUUGACGCUGUGCA